GUCCCACAUACGCACGACGAGACCGCAGCGGAAACCCAUGCGGUAACGAUGGACGCGACCUCGCCGGGAGGAUGCCCCUCACCAUCCAAGCGCUGGCGCCGCGCGGUGGCGCGGGUCUGCGCACAGAAGGCGGUUCUGCACGCCUUGGAACCUGAGCCUGCCUGGAGAGAGUGGCGGCCAUAUGUGGCGCUGUUGGUGAGUGGCUUCUUCUUCUCGCCCAUCUCCCAGGCGAUCCUCGUGACGAGCGUGGACGUGAGCCGGGCUGGGCCAGGAACGAACGCUUGGCGCAGGGCCGGCUUGCGUGCCUACUGGUGGUGGCCUUUGUUGUGGUGGAGGGGCUUGAAGGAGGUCCUUGCAAGUGCCUUGAGCCUCCGAACUCUUCCACGUUACUUAACGAGCUCCGCGCUCUUUGCGGUGCACGACGCAGUGACCCGCGGUCGCACCCACUGGGUGGAACAAGCCACGGAUGUGGGCGCGGCCAGACCCAAGCAGCCGUUCUGGCGCUGCUUCUUCGUUGAGACCUGUUGCGGCUUGCUGGGGGCGCAGCUCUCCUUGGAGUACAUGCGGGGCUCCCUCUCCUCCUUCCUCGACGGAGGCUCCUCGGCACCGAGUUGGGUCGUGAUAUGAACAGCUUGGCAGCAUCCUCAACCACAUCUUCAAAGAGUAUUGCAAGCCGAUGCGCACGCAAGGUGCACCACCAUAGUAUGCUUGGAAACUUUGCCUUGUUGUCCUAAGCCCAUUCUACUUGUACCAUGUUUGCAUCGUCAACGUUGCUAGUUUUCUGUUUCACAAAGUGAUCAGACAAAGUAUUCGAUGAAGUAAUUGAAAUCAACCCAGGAUCCAUGUCGUGUUUGGACAUUGAUGUUUGCAAGCAAUGAAGUUCCAAUGAUUGAAGAUAUUGAAAGCAUGGGUCACAAACCAAAGUGUGACUUCAGCGCACAAGUGUGACUUCGAACGCCGAUGUCAAAGUCAGAGUCUUUGAUGAACCCAAGUUCUGAAUCCCGAUUGCCGACGCCGAUUUGUCACGCCAGCUUCUUCUUCUUCUUCUUCUUAGAGCCUUUCGAAUGGCUCUUCUUCGCCUUUGCCUGCUGCUGUACAGCUUGCUUAGUGAGCACAGUCUCCUUGCAAACCGUCACAGGCGCCACUGUUGCGAUGUGAAGAGGAUUCGACGCUGCGUCGGCAGUUACGGGUAGUUAGUUUGGGUUCCCACUCGGCCAGCAAGGAGAAGUCAGUCGGACCGGCAGCGAUGUGGGAACUUGGGUUUUUAGGCAUCCGUUUGAACCACUGAUGAUCAAAAAAUAGAGCCCUAUACCUGUCUACCUUUGUCAUGGAUGCUUCAGGAUAUGAAAAACGCGGGAGACAUUCGACUCACCUGUUCCGCCCAGGUCUUCCGUUGCCCCUCCAUGCUGGGACUGGGCGCCUGUGCGGCGGCGGCCCGCUCGGUGGUGGUUUCGACCGGCGGCCGGCGGCCGGGCUUGCAGUCCAUUUGCAGCUGGCUGGAGUUCUUCCUAGAGGUCGCAGCGGAGCGCCAGGGCGCCCUACACCUAGGCUAUCAUUGCCCCUUGGGCUCCUACCUGGGUGUGGUUCUCUGGGGAAUCCUGAACUUCCUCCCUUGGGGCCUCAUGGUGAUCCCCUGCAAGCGGCUGGUGGAACACAUCUUUGGGCCGGACCCCAUCGUCGCGCAGAAGGCGGCGUUGUGUCGAGUGUCAAGAGACUUGAUGCAGUCCGAGCGCGGCCGUUCUGAAUUGGCUGAAGCGCCCCAGCGUGCCCAUGAGUUCUUUGCCAGCAUGGAGAUCUCCUCUCUCUGGUGGAGGGUCCGAGCGAUUCGAGGCACACACCAGCUCCUGCGACGGCUGCAACUGCCCAUGCGCGAAGCGCUGGCAGAGCCGCCGUGCUCCGGUUGGGAUGCUGCCCAAGACCAAUUGGACGAAUUGCUGCUGCAAUUGGCGGCACGCCGGGGUGAGGAUUUGAAAGCGCUCCUUCAAGAGGAGGACGGCACAGUGAACGAGCAAUGCGUGGUCCAAGUCUUCGACUCCGCCACCGCGCUGGUGACCGUGCGUCGCAACGACAUGGUCCGUUCCGCGCUCACGCAAAUUGCGGAGCGUUCGGUUGAUGACCUGUUGCUGGGCAUCACUGCUUUGCACUUCCCUGGGCUACAGGAGACAGAGCUCACCAAUAUGCUGGGCCUUCGGGUCCAGUUCAUGGGUGAGGAUGCGGUGGAUAUGGGUGGCGUGCGCAAGGAGUUUAUGGAUUGCUUCGCGGAAGCUUUGACCAAGGAGGAGGGUGGCUCGCCUUUGUCGCUGGUGGAGCCCUUGAACCUCUUAGGUUUAGGUGCGGAUAGCACCUGGCGGCCUUUGGCCUGUGAUGAGGACGAGCGAGGCUAUCUCUGGGCUUUGGGGAGGCUCUUGGCCUUAGCCUUCCUUUACCGUUGCCCGUGUCCGAUCCAGCUCUCCCUGUUGGUCUUCAAGUGCAUCUUAGGCGUCCCUCUUCGCCCCGGCGAUGUGCGACAGCUUGAUGUGGACUUCUGGAACCACCGUGUGAGGCCGAUCCUGAAGCCCGGUGGUGUGGAGGAGAGACAAACGUCGCUCAAACACUGGGGUAUGGAUCCUUUGACCUUCACCAGCGCCGAUGGCCGGGAGCUGAUGCCCGAUGGCCACACGACCUUGGUCACCGAGCAGAACAAAGAGGACUAUGCUCAGCUGCUGUGCGAAGACUUCUUGAUCGGCUCCAUCCGCCCGGAGAUCAGCUGCCUGAUGUUGGGCUUUCACGAGUUGGUUCCUGAGGAUUUGUUGUCUGCAAGCUCCUUAGAUGCGGAGCAGCUGCGAAUGCUCAUUUGCGGUACCAACGAGUUGGACGUCGAUGAAUGGGAAGAAAACGCCAUCACUGAGGGCUCCCCAGAGGUCGUUGGCUGGUUCUUCGAUUGGCUCCGCAAGCAGUCGGCCUUGGCACGUUCCAAGAUGUUGGCCUUCGUGACGGGUUCCAGUGUGCUUCCAUGCGGCUGGCAGGGCUUGCGCGAUCCACAAGGACGAUACUUGCCCUUCCGCGUCCAAGUGGAGGGGAAUCCCAGUGCGCUUCCUUCGGCACACACCUGCACCAAUUUGCUGGUGCUGCCGCCCGUGGGCGAACGCUUCCAGUUGGAGUCAAAGCUCGCGAAGGUCCUGGAGUUUGCGGGCAGGGAGAUGUUGCUGGCCUGACCAAGACCGGUCGAUUGACAACGUUUGACUUGCUCAAACACUCUGGGCUUCAACCAGCGUUUCUCAGAGGAUUUUCUCAAAGAAACGCGCGGCCUGAGGCCGCCGCCGGGAUGGAUAAAUCGCGAGUCCGGCCGCAAUGGAGAGGUGAGUUCCACCCCAAAAUGGUGAGCCGGAGCGGUCUCCGAAAGUGGGACCCCAUGGGAUGCCGCACAGAUGCUCAGGUGGAUUGAAGGUUGAAGGUGCUAGGACUGCUAGGAUGUACUAGGCCACCAUAGGCCACCCAGGCUGAGAUGUUCGGUGAAAGAGAGG